CUCUAUAUAUUUCAUGGAAGCACGAGACUCGGGGCACUCCACGCGUUUUUCACGACGUGAGCAUCCACGGGUUACGGAGGAUACCAAGCGAUAGAUCACGAUUUUCCUCUGGAGAACCAGUCAUUCGGCAUCCGUUUUGGCACCAGAGGCAUCCUAUACCAGACAACGCGGCGUGAUGGCGGUUUCCUCAUCGAUCGCGAUCGUUUUCAUCGGUGUGGCCGCUUACGCGGUUACGGCCGGGCCCGUUCAGGGUGUAUCGAACGCGCUGCAACAAGACGCAUAUGUAUCCCCGGAUCUGGCAGUUGUAGCAAGAUACUUGGAAAAUCGCAAUGCAGGCAACCGCAAUUUAGAUGGUCAUCUACUGCGGCAGACACGUCGAGGGUUGGAUUCGCUAUCUGGGGCAACCUUUGGUGAAAACAAGAGAUACGUACCUCUCAGGCGAUUCGGCGCGAUAAGCUUACAGCCAGGUAAUUUCGACGAGAUCGACCGAUCAGCAUUCGAUCGUUUCUCCAAGAGGAAUAUCGACGAGAUCGAUACCGCGUUCGACAGCUUCUUCAAACGGAACUUCGACGAGAUCGAUCGGGCCGGUUGGAGCGUAUUCGUCAAGAGGCUCAAUAAUUAUCUUGCGGACAGGCAGCGACGUUAAUUGGCGCAGGAUACAAGAGGCGGGAGGAGAGAAUAGCGGGACGAAAGGACGCGAGGAAAGGGCAAAGGGUAAGGAGAAGAACCGCGCGUUUCAGAGAACUCGUUUAAUUUAAACUUGUAAAAUUUUGGCAAAAUUAAUUUGACUUGGCAAAUUAGGAUCAUCUCUUCUGCUGCCCUUGAAUGGUCGCACGUUUAAGAACGAACUUACUCGAUGUGAAAUAUAAAUAUUUGUGGGAUUGUUUUUCUCGCGAUCAUUGGGCAUUUUUUAGCUGAUGCAAGAUCGUUCAAUAUAAUUUUUAGUUUCCUUGUUUAGAAUCGCUGGAUUGUGUAUUUUCGACCACAAAUUCCAGAAACUAAGCUAGCAGAAAAAUGGCGAUUAUUUCAUUGUAAAGUAUUUAUAGUUAUCAAAAUAUCUAAUAUUUAAAAAAUUCUAAGUUUUUUGCAAACUCUAAAAAUAAAUACGCAAGUCUUUCAUGUAUUUUGAUUAAUUUUAACUAAGCUUUUAUAAAAAAAAUAUAUUUUUUUGAAUAAUACAUAGUAUAUUCUUAAGAUAUUUUUAAUAGCAAAUAAUUUAAACGCUUGCGACAAUUGAAGGCCUACCACAAAAAUUUCGUUAAUCAAGUCCAUAUUUGUCAUAAAAUCUGUAGCUAGCAGAAUAUCCAUAUUAGUGUAUUAAAAUACCUCUUAUAGAUAAAAUAUGCGAAACAAACGAAAAAUUAAAAAAUGUAAGGGGCUUAUUUUAUUUAAUUAAACCUAUGACAGAUUUUGCUGGACAGAUAAAAAUGUUCAGAAUGAAUCAAAGAAAAUUAAUCGCCAUUUAUUGAUUCCGAAAUAAUUGUUAAAUAAAAUAGUCGGAUUUAUUUCAAAGACGCUCUUAUAUAUACUUGUACUGUUACAAUCUUUGACGACUCAUUGACACACGCUGUGCCGCAAAAAAUAACUAAUUUACAUUCUAAUAUGUACGGCGUGUAUAUAUUGUUACUGUGUAAUUAAUUGUAUAUACUAAUUCUCAAAUCAAUGUGUGAAUUUCAGAAUUAUAUUGCACAAAAUUAUAAAUACUCAAAUUUUAGGAGUGAUUAAGAAAUGUAAACGUAAUGGAACGUUGUUCUUCUUUGAGAGAACUCAUUUGAGAAAGAAUCUCGAUGGCGUAAAAAAAUACUCAAAAUAUCUUUAUGUCCAAAGCAUGUGACCUGGCAAAGAUGUUUCUUCGCGAUCAAUCAUAAAUUAAAACAAUUUAAAGCCGUCACUUUGACGAAAUUUGAUCGAUUAAAUAUCAUAUAAAAUGUAUUACGCGAUUCGUCCUCUCUACUCGUAUAAUGUCACUCUGUAAAAAAUGUGCUAUCUAAAUAAAGAGAACGAUAAUCAAU